ACCCCCGUGGGGUCGGUGCGCUCUAAGGGAAGUGUUGGCGCGGAAGGGGCGUGGCCAGAAGGAAAUUCCCUUGGGAUUCCAAUGUUUAUGAAGAGGAAUAAGAUGAGGUCCUCCGUCUUCGUCUUGGUGCCCGCCUUCACCCAGCUGAACAAUCUCGCAAGCUGCCUCCCAGCUGCUGGUGCAGCCUCCAUCGCCAUCGGUGCCCCGCGCCUGUGUCUCGGCCAUGUCACUCCUGGCGACCCUGGGGCUGGAACUGGACAGGGCCCUGCUCCCAGCUAGCGGGCUGGGCUGGCUCGUAGACUAUGGGAAACUCCCCCUGGCCCCUGCCCCCCUGGGCCCCUAUGAGGUCCUUGGGGGAGCCCUGGAGGGCGGGCUUCCAGGGGGAGGAGAGCCCCUGGCAGGCGAUGGCUUCUCUGAUUGGAUGACAGAGCGAGUUGACUUCACGGCCCUCCUCCCUCUGGAGACCCCUCUGCCACCAGGCACCCUCCCCCCACCCUCUCCAGCGCCCCCUGACCUGGAAGCCAUGGCUUCCCUGCUCAAGAAGGAGCUAGAACAGAUGGAAGACUUCUUCCUUGAUGCCCCGCUAGUCACACCACCCUCACCACCGCCAGCAGCGCCCCCCCUGCCCCUGCCCCUGCCCCUGCCCACCUUUGACCUCCCUCAGCCCCCUGCCCUGGAUACCUUGGACCUGCUGGCUGUCUACUGCCGCAGUGAGGCUGGGCCAGGGGAUACAGGCUUGGCAAGCCUGCCCGUGCCCCAGCAGCCGCCUCCUCCCCUGGCCCCUCUGCCUUCACCCUCCCGCCCAGCCCCCUACCCGAGCCCCGCCACCACCCGAGGGGACCGCAAGCAGAAGAAGAGAGAUCAGAACAAGUCGGCGGCUCUCAGGUACCGCCAGAGGAAGCGGGCAGAGGGCGAGGCCCUGGAGGGCGAGUGCCAGGGGCUAGAGGCACGGAACCGGGAGCUGAGGGAGAGGGCUGAGUCGGUGGAGCGGGAGAUCCAGUACGUGAAGGACCUGCUAAUCGAGGUGUACAAGGCCCGCAGCCAGAGGACCCGCAGCACCUAGGGUGCAGGCCCAGGCUGGAAGAGGGCGGUCUGUGGUCGGUGCCCGCAACUCCUCCUACCUCCCUUCCCCGUUCCCAUCACCCAUGCUUGCAUCUCCCUACAUACCCCCUUAUGGGUUAUUCGGGUUAGUCAGUUUCUCUACCCUUCAGUGCAACCAAGGCCCUCAGGGAAUUUGAGGGUCCAGCCUGACCCCAGGUUUCUGGAAUCUAAAACAAGCGUGGUUUUGCAGGUAGUCCUAGUCGGGUGUGGGGGGUAAGGCAGGACGCCACUCAGGGUGACCCUGAUGAGAACCUAGUCAGGGAGGGGGGCUUUAAGGAGGGAACAA